CCCUGUCGGUCUUUCACAUGAAAACACGCACCCUAACAUGCAACCCGGACACGCAACACGCACAGAGCAGAUGCAGCAAACAGGUGGAUAUGCAAUGCGCUGCGAACGACGGCAACAUACGAGCAGACACACAACGUCGCACACACGCCACCCCAGCAACCUGAAGGCGGCGUGUGUGCGUGCGUUGUGCACCAUGACUCCAUACGUACAUACCGCCCAUCCCCAGGUGGCCCGCCAGUGCAGAUCGCCCAGUCACACACAGACACGCCCUUAUAACAACCACGCACGGGGUGCUGGGAGUGUAUGAGAGCGCACCGCCGCCCCAGUCUCCACGGCGGAGAGGGGCAGCAGGCGGCUGACCCGUAGACACCCUCAGGGCACACCCAUACACACAUCACCGCUGGGAAAGGCAGAAGGGCGGCAAGACACACACACAGACCACGCCCAUACCCAUGCUCACACCCCUACAGACACACACCCCCGCAGGCACAUGCACACCCACACGCAGGAAUACCAAUACCUCACGCAUACCCACGCCCAGACCCACUCACACGCCCACACACACACACACACACACACACACACACAAGUACAGGGAAGGCACAGUGUGGCGAGGAAAAGACCUAGUGGGGUGAAUAGGGGCCCCUCCACCAGACCUCGUCUCUGGGGAAGGGGCGGAUGAAUGGUGUGGCGGCCUCACUCUUGCCGCACUCCGUAAGAGCACACUCACGCCUGACUGCACACGACAAGAGGACCCACCAUCGGGCCACGACACGGCCCGUCGAGAAAUCCCUGUCAUCCCUGUAGUGAGCUUCCUUCACUGCCUUGCCUAGCUUGUGCAAAAAGGUCUCCAUGGUCGGAGACCAGCGUCCGUACGACUCGAAGGCCAAAGGCAAAAACGUGUACCCUCCCCGCGCACAGGCGACCGCAUACACGUCCCUCUUGCGCUUCUCGGCCACGCGAAGGGCCGAGCCAGGCCGCUGGUUGGUGAGAUUCCUGGGCUCGCCUGGGCGGUCGGCGUGGGUGGGGUGAGUGCCGGUGACGUCAGCCAUGAUCUUGGAGCCGUCAUGCUGAGUGAUCACCAGGUCCAUCCGCUGUUUGUCGGUCGUUUGCGGGAGUGGGCACUGGUGGUCACGCAGCAGCUGCUCGGUCUUCACGCUAGGGCAUCGGGCCUCCUUGCAGAUGCGAUAAACGGUCGCUUGGACGGUGUUGUGUCGGUUGGUGAGGUAGCCACGAUUGGGGCACUUGAGCAUGUGGUCGCCAAGGGGGUCGCAGGGCUUCGUGCACGCCCCACACGUCGCCGGCCCCUUCGCCAGGCCGAGCUGGAACUGCACGUUCCACACGAAGGCGUCUUCUCCUUUGCGCUGUGCGAGCUCUAGAUUCUCCGCUUUAGGGUGCAUCAGUUUAUGCAUGUUGAUAGGGUCAUCAGUUUAACGCACGUCGGGUACAAACAAACGUGAAGCACGAAGCUUCUUGACGCAUUGGCGUGUCUGUAGUAGUACAAGCAACACGACCGGGGCCACUCAUCUUCUUUUCCUGCUGUACGAUCGUGAUCGAACGUUUUGUCAGCCGCACGUGUUGUUUCGAAAGACGCAUUGAUACACGCCCAAUUUGCGGAGGAUUCACGCAGCCCUACACUGUAGGGUCGGUCGCGGCGGAGGCGUUUCUCUUCCUUCGACAAGUCGAGGGCCAGCUUGUCAGCUUCCUUGACGCUUUCGUUGCGCUCAACAUCUGGGGACAUGAGCUUCGAACAUCACGAUCGUGCGUUUCAAGACGUCCAUGGGUACAGGCCACACGCCGAGAUCUUGAUCCAGCGGCGUGCAGACGGGCAACUUCUCUAUUGUCUGGCCACCGACUACGAUACUAUUGUCACGCGAGAGUCGGUGGCCAUCUUGAGGGAGCGCGGGGGAGGCCCUGUGGAUGGCGCACAUAUGGGCCUCGCUCUGAGAAGCCGUGUGUCGUUCGCAAUGCAGUCGAAGAAGCAGUCGUU